AUAUACACCACGGUGUAGGAACUAGGAAGGAAACAAAAAUAAGAAAAGAUAAGUAGAAAAUAGGGUAUGCACAGUACAGUAUAUACUCCCAAAAAACAAUUCAAUCAAAGGGCGCAGGCAGGAGAUGCAGUAACGAAGAAGUUGUAUUUGGAUCAUCCAUUCCAUUCUCAUCUAUCAAUAUCAUCUCCAGCUUCCAUUUAUUUCUAUGCUGUGCGAUUGUUGAUUUUAAAGUCAAACCCCCUUUCCGAUUGAUUUUUGUUUAGGGUUUGUGUGGUGUUUGUUUCAGACACAGACUGAAUACGAUGGAAACAUCUUCGUCGCCCACUAGUAAUCCUUCUUCGCUCACCAACAUUAAUACUAGUAGUAAUCCCGUGCGAUUGAGAUACAAUUUAUCAGCUUCUAAUUUGAUACACACUCCCUUAUUAACCCUAUUAGACUACUUUGGCCUCCUUCACAACCCCCCUAUUUCUCCUCGUGAUUCCAAUCAAGAUAUGCAAGCUCUUCUCCGUAACCCACCACCUCAUUUUCAUCAUCUCGAUGCUUCCCCUUCUGCCGCUACUAGUUCCGAGGAGGUUUCUAUUAGGAUCAUUGCUUCUUCCGAAGAAGAUGAUGAAGAAGAAGAACCUUCGUCUGCUGUGGUUGCCGACACUGGGGAUCACGAGGAUGUUGAAAACCACUCUUCACCAUCCACACCGCUUUUUACUUCACCUAAUGCACCUCCACGAGGAGAAGAGGGAGCUGGCUCAGCUGCUGCUGCCGGGGGCGAUGCUAAUAAUAAUGCCAAUGGUGACUCGACUAAUCAAAGAUAUGGUAUCCAACAAAUUGCUAGGUGGUUCGAGCAGAUUCUUCCUUUCUCUCUGCUUCUUUUGGUUGUCUUUAUUCGCCAACAUUUACAAGGGUUUUUUGGUACAAUUUGGGUUUCUGCAGUCCUCUUCAAGUCAAAUGAUAUUUUGAGAAAGCAAACAGCACUGAAGGGAGAGAGGAAAAUCUCUGUUCUCGUCUGUAUCACUCUAUUAUUUAUGCUACAUUUGAUUUCGGUCUAUUGGUGGUAUCAAAGUGCAGACCUUGUAUACCCAUUGAUCUUGCUUCCACCAAAAGCAGUCCCACCCUUUUGGCAUGCUAUUUUUGUCAUAGUGGUCAACGAUACAAUGGUGCGGCAGGCUGCAAUGGUGUUCAAAUGCAUACUUCUGAUGUACUACAAGAACAGUGGUGGCCAUAACUACCGGAGGCAGGGUCAAAUGUUGACACUGGUCGAGUACAUGGUUCUGCUGUAUCGUGCACUGCUGCCUACCCCUGUUUGGUACCGUUUUUUCUUAAACAAGGAAUAUGGAAGCCUGUUUUCAUCAUUGACCACAGGAUUGUACUUGACCUUCAAGCUGACAUCAAUUGUACAAAAGGUUCAAUUAUUCUUUGCUGCACUUAGGGCCUUAUCUCGAAAAGAGGUCCAUUAUGGUUCAUAUGCUACUGCCGAGCAGGUCAAUGCUGCUGGCGAUCUCUGUGCUAUUUGUCAGGAGAAAAUGCACGCUCCAAUAUUUCUUAGCUGUAAACACAUAUUCUGCGAGGACUGUGUAGCAGAAUGGUUUGAGAGGGAAAGGACAUGCCCUUUAUGCAGGGCUCUGGUCAGACCAGCUGAUAUAAAAUCAUAUGGAGAUGGAUCUACAAGUCUUCUUUUCCAGUUAUUUUAGCUUCUAGUUGAUAUCGUUGAUAUGGACGGCAGCGUUUUAUAUAUGAUGUGGUUUAUCAUGUCGUCUGACCCAACUGACCAGUAUAAGCUGAAUUUGAUUGCUUCCUAAUUAAUUAAUUUUGGCAAAGCUUCUUGAAAUGCUGAGUUCUCUUCGUAUAGUAGAUGUAUGUGAAGCGACAGCUUUCUGAUAAUUAUUGAACAGGGCGCAAUUUGUUGUCACAAAGCAUGCAGGGAACUGAAGUGAACUGUAAGUAUGUCUGCGCAGUUCCAGUGGGAUUGUUGUCGAUGUGGAAAUACUGAUUCCACAGACUAUUACCAGGAAAAGCCUUUGUUCUACCCUUCCCUUGAGUGUAGUUAUUGCUUGUAUAUUCAAGACUUGAUCUUUCCAUGUUUCUGGAACACAGAUGACUGCAUUAAGCUUGUUAUAUAUACAUAUUAUGUUUUUUUUUCCA